UAGGCUGGAGUGGUAACCCUGGCUGCAUAAAAGUCCCUCCUCCCAGGACCUGCCUCGCACUCUCAAAGAGCACCUCCAACCGCAAACAUGUCGCAGAAUCUGACGAAAAUCUGGAGCCAGCUGGUGCAGCUGCUCCUGCAGCUCUUCCAGAUGGCUCUCUACUGGAACGAGGAGAGGCCCCAGGAAGUCAGUCCCUCCAAGGAGGAGGCCGCUCUCAGUCCCCGCUCCCAGGCUAUCGAGUCCUUUGCGGAGGAGCAGAACCAACGGCUGGAGAAGCGGGCUCAGGAGUACGCCAAAGUGGAGCUCCUUCAUCGCAUUCUCGUCCAGCAGCAGCUGCAGGAGCUGGAGCAGCGGCGGCGCAUCCGAUUGCUGCUGGCCCGCAGGCGACUGGAGUUCGCCAAUUAGCUCGCCGGCAAUCAUCCCAUAAUUUAUUUAGAUUUAAAUUGUGCUACUUAUGGCUUUAGUUUAAGUGGAAGUGCAUUUUUAAGUGGAAAUUAGCCGGAGGAGAGUCUGGCAUUAGAGUUAAGAGCCAAGGGACUGCUAAUCUCUAGAUAUUAAAAAUAAAAAUAAAAACAAAAAACAAAUAAAAAGUAUGGAAAUUAAA